AUGCCAACGACUACAAUAAAAGAAACAGCCACAGAUCCUAGCCAAUGGACCACACCCCAAGAACUAUGCCUUCUACAAUCAGUAAUCCACCACAAGCCAGUCGGCAUUCACAAACACUUUCGCAUGAUCAGUAUACUGGACCUCAUGCUCACCAGCGGCACCAUACCUCACCCAGCAUCUGAUUACCCACAUUGCUCGACUGUCGAAGGCAUCUGGCGCAAACUCGAAAGUCUCUACGAUCUGAAAGCACUUGACGAACGCGAAGAUGCCAUCUUCGCCGAUGUGCCUGACGACAGUGAAGACGGCACGAUAGAGUACUGGCGAGAAUUUGAGCUCAAGGGUGACAGUAUAGAGCAACAGAUGUGGGAUCGUCGCCUUGCUGAGGGGGAGGAGGAGUGGUCUGAGAAUGGAGAUGGAAGUGACGUACGGAAGCGUGAGAGCACGGUUGCGGAUAGUGAGGAUCCAAGAAGUAGUCCCGUGGGCUCUGUACGUGGGAGGCGAACGACGAUUAGCAGGAGGCUGGCGGAGGUCAAGCAUGAAGAUAGUCUGGUAGGGGGUAGUGGAAAGGGAAGUAGACGAACAAGUAAAGCGGCUAGUCCAAGUAUCAAGGACGAGGAGGACACGGAGAUGUUAGAUGCCGACCAAGAUGAGGAGGAAGAAAGUAGCGAGGAUGAGAACGAAAGCCAACAGGACGAAACGGAGGACGACAAUAAGAAAGCAAGGACUACUAGAGGUAGAGGGGCCAAAAGAGGUCGUGCAAGACGCGGAAGGCGUGGGAAAUGA